AUGAUCACCCCAGUCCCUGGCCCCCGUUCACAGAAACUGGUCUCUCAACUCUCAGAUAUCCAGAAUACUGGUGCUGUGCAGUUUUUUGCUGAUUAUGAUCACAGUUUAGGGAAUUAUUUAUUUGAUGUAGAUGGAAACGUUUUAUUAGAUAUGUUUACUCAGAUAGCCACUAUACCUAUAGGAUACAGUCAUCCAAGAUUAAUGGAAGCUCUUAGAAAACCUGAAAACAUUGCGUCAUUUGUCAACAGACCAGCUCUUGGAGCUCUACCUCCUAGCAACUGGGUGAACAAAUUAAAAGAUGUUCUAUUAGCUGUAGCCCCACCAGGAAUGAAUCAUGUACAGACCAUGCAGUGUGGCGCUUGUUCUAUAGAACACAGUCAGAAAGCCAUCUUCAUGUGGUACCAGAGACAUCGUCGAGGUGGCCGACCGCCCAGUGAAGAAGAAUUGAGAUCGUGUUUAAGCAACUUAGAACCAGGAACACCAAAGAUUUCAGUUUUAUCAUUUUAUGGCGGCUUUCACGGACGAACAAUGGGUGCCCUGGCUUUAACACAUACAAAAUGGGUCCACAAGCUGGAUUUUCCACAACCUGAUUGGCCAAUAGCACCAUUCCCUAGAUUGAAAUAUCCUCUGGAAGAAAAUACCCGUGAAAAUCGAGAAGAGGAAGAUAGAUGUCUCAAUGAGGUAAGAGAAUUAAUGGACAAAUGGGCUAAGAUUGGUAACCCAGUAGCAGGUAUUGCUGUUGAACCUGUACAGUGUGAGGGGGGAGACAAUCACGCUUCACCUUAUUUCUUCCAAACUCUUCAGAAAAUUGCUAAAGAGCAUGAUGCUGCUUUAUUAAUGGAUGAAGUACAAACAGGAUGCGGUUCCACAGGAAAAUUCUGGGCUCACGAACAUUUCAAUUUACCCCAACCUCCAGAUGUUGUUCCCUUUGCCAAGAAAAUGAUGACUGGGGGCUUCUAUUUUAAACAAGAUUUCAAACCAACAGAGGGAAAUCGUAUAUUUACUACUUGGACUGGAGAUCCAUCAAAACUCUCCAUGUUAGAUGCAGUGGUGGAUGUAAUCCAAGAAGAAGAUCUAGUUAAUAACACCGCCAGAGUUGGACGUUAUUUAAUGAGUGGAUUAUAUGAAAUGCAGAAACGUUAUCCAGGUAUGGUAAUGAAUGCCCGAGGAUUAGGAACAUUAGCUGCUAUAGAUUUCUGUGAUGCUGAAACUAGAGAUAAAGCUAUCUAUAAUAUGAAACAAAAAGGAAUACUGAUUGGUUCCUGCGGAGAGAAAACACUGAGAUUCCGUCCAACGCUGAUGUUCCAAGAACACCAUGUGGACAUAUUCACUGAUAUUUUUGAUAACGUGUUGAGUGGAUUAAAGAAAUAA